ACAUGAUCAUACUGUACCUGGAUAUCUAUACACAGUAUGUGUGUAGCACCCUAACCCCAAUCAAUUGCAAGUGAAAGUUGUUAUUACUUCGACUAAUGCAUAUGAUCUGACAUUGUUUCCUUUUACAUCAUGCUAAGAGACCGAAUAGUGAUUGAACUGAGGAUCCUUAACAGCGUGGCGUCGGUUUCUCAAAAUGUCAAACGAUGGAUAUGACUGGCUUUCUAAUUAUCCACGACCAGAUUUGUAUCGCAUUGACCAGCGAUAUGGAACUGCUUCCGGACCGGUACAAGGACACCCGGCUCCGUAUCUCGGUGCGCCGCCAGCAUUACAAACUGCCAUGGCCAAUUCUUCCGGCUAUCCUCAAUCCUCAUAUCACCCAUCCAACCAAGAAUAUAUGAGAGAAAAUGCUCCGUAUGCAAAUACUACCGCCCAGUACGAGGCUGCCGCUUCCAUGCUAGGCUACUACCAGGGACCACAGCCUUACUCCACGCCAUCAACUGCUCCAGUGGCCCCCCAAGGACAGAUCUCUCACCAGCCCCUUACUGACUCUAAAAUUUCAUGGAAAUCAUAUACACCUCAGAAGCCAGACCAUGGCCAUGACACGAAAAGGCGCCGUCUAGACACUUCUACACCAUCCAACCAGCACAGUAUGACAUCUACAGCCACUCCUGCCAUGGCGAAACCGGUCUCAAAAGAAAAUCUCUCGUCCUUUUCCUUCAGCCCUCGUGAUACUUCAGACAAAUCAUUCCUCAAGAAUCGUGUGGACAUCGUCAAACCUCUAAACAAGAUAGAUGCUGCUGUUAGACUAAGUUAUGACCCGCGGACGAUCGCCAGAGAUGUGUUAAUCGCAGCCGGGCGUCAUCCAACGGAACCAGCACUAAACCAUCACCUUUCCCGCUUGCGCGAUGUUUUUGUCCAUGUUGAUACCUCAUCUGACUUGGAAACCUUUCGCUGGGAUAUGGUCGAUAUGCAGCGUGUGAAAAAACCACGUGACCCGCCUCGGGCGCCGAUGCAAGUUUCCGCUCCGCCAAAGGAACCGGCCUUGCACGGCACGCCCGUGCCAACCAUACAAACACAAAGCCAACCCGCGCAACCACCACCCCCUCAAGUGCAACACCCCAACCAACAAAACUCACAAACCCCAGAGCAAACCCAAGCACACUCGCCAGCGCUGACGGAACCCCAGGCUCUACAUAAACCCGUAGUACAGGCGCCGACAAGAAGUCCAAGCAUUCAGCCGGGGAAGAUGGCUGGGAAGAGACCUGGAAGGCCGCCGGGACGCCCGCCGGGACGCCCUCCAGGGAGCUCAAAAGUCCAGGUGGUGGCUCCUCCCGCUCCCACUCCUCUGGUUCCUUAUCAGGUUUAUUCUUGCGAAUGGGACAGCUGUAACGCUGAACUUCAUAACCUGGAAAUGCUCGCCAAACAUAUUUACAAAGUGCACGUACCUUACGCCCUCACCUGUGCAUGGAAAGGCUGCACCUGCGACGACAAGUUCCCCGCAGCCGAACUGGUGAAGCACAUUCGAAGUACUCAUCUUGAACCCAUUGCCUGGAAAUUGGGUGAUGGACCAUCAGUGCCUGGAACUGUUCAAGGUACUACUGGCCACAGCCCGGUUCCUUCGACUAUCCCGGAGUCCCCUAUAGCGGUCGGUGAGGAUUCACUUAUCUUUCCCGCUCAUCAAUCUUCAAUCCGAGCAUUUAAUCGUGUGCAUGGCCAUAAUACACAGCGUGACAAGGCCCAGGGAAUUUUCAAGGCGGUUCAGAGGCUCAAAGAACAGAUUGGGGUUGGGUUGGAUCCCGGCGGAUGUCAGUUGGCCACCCCUGCCCGGAAUGAGAGGGUGAGCAAUGAGGAGGAUGUCUACGAAGUGAAGAUCGAUAGUUAGAAAAGCACGUGUGAUACCCCAUUGCAUUUAUUGGUUUCGUAACCUAUCCUGCAUUACACAGGGUUAGUGUCGAUGCCAGGAAGUGGCGUUUGGCUUGGUUUCGAUUCGAAUAUUC